UAUACAAACAAGUGGACAUCUGGGGUAGACACAUAGAUUAAUACAAAAUACAUACAAUACAUAAAUAACGAACAAAACGAAAAAACAACUGUUCUGGUGACUUCCCUACACAACCAAGCAUCUUCGCAGCGUGUUGCAUUCUGGUAAAUGGAGUCAAUUAAACUCUAACGUUCGUGAUUUCUAUCAUCUAUCAGUCUCUAAGUGUUUAAAAAAAACGUUUUCAAUGAUAGUGAGUAUAAUAAAAGUGAAGAAGCGAUUAUUUUGAUUCACUUCUGUAAAUAUUCUGUAAAAAUAGUCUGUGUGUCUACGUAACACAACUACAACUCCCACAGACUAGCGUCAUGACGUAGUUAUAGCAACGGAAAAGGAAGAACACAGCCGCUUCCGUGUUGUUGUGGUGUUGUUCUGGGUUUCUCUCGUCUCUCAUCAUGAAGCUCCUGAUCCACUGAAGCUUUUUCUCCCCUCCACGUCCCCAUCCUUACCGACAUGUCCCUGCUCCAGAGCAACAAGAAGAAGGACCGGCGGAUCCUCUCCGGCUCGUGCCCGGACCCCAGGUGCGGCGCGCGGCUCUUCUUCCCCUCGGGCUCCGCGAGCAUCGAAUGCACGGAAUGCGGCCAGCGGCACGAGCAGAAACACCUGCUGCGCGUGGAGGAGGUGACGGACCCGGACCUGGUGCUCCACAACCUGCUCAGAAACGCCCUGUUGGGGGUCACCGGGGCCCCGAAGAAAGGCUCCGAGCUGGUGAAGGUGAUGGGGCUCUCUAACUACCACUGUAAGCUACUUUCCCCGGUGUUGACCCGUUACGGCAUGGAUAAACAAACCGGAAGAGCCAAAUUGCUGCAGGAAAUGAACCAAGGCGAGAUGUUUGACUGCUCCCUGCUGGGCGACAGAGCGUUUCUCAUAGAACCAGAACAUGUGUCCACUAUGGGUUAUGGAAAAGACAGAUCUGGGAGCUUAGUUUACCUCCAUGACACUCUGGAGGAGGUGAAGAAGGCCAAUGGCAGCAUGGAGUGUUUGAUCCCGGUCCAUGUGGAUGGAGACGGGCACUGUCUGGUCCACGCCGUGUCCCGAGCGCUGGUGGGAAGAGAACUGUUCUGGCACGCUCUGAGGGAGAACCUGAAGCAGAACUUCAAGCAGAACCUGGACCGCUACAAGGCGCUUUUUCAGGAUUUCAUCGACGCCGCAGAGUGGGAAGACAUCAUCAACGAGUGCGACCCGAUGUUCAUCCCGCCGGAAGGAGUGCCGCUCGGGCUGAGAAACAUCCACAUUUUCGGGUUGGCCAACGUUCUGCACCGACCCAUAAUCCUGCUGGACUCCCUGAGUGGGAUGAGGAGCUCCGGGGAUUAUUCUGCCACCUUUCUACCCGGGUUAAUGGCCGAGGAGAAGUGCAGGGGGAAAGACGAGAAGCUCAACAAACCCAUCUGUAUCGCCUGGAGCAGCUCUGGGAGAAACCAUUACAUCCCUCUGGUGGGGAUAAAAAACACGGUUCUGCCCAGACUGCCGGCUCGUUUGCUCCCCAAAGCGUGGGGCGUCCCUCAGGAUCUCAUCAGGAAAUACAUCGAACUGGAGCCGGACGGCAGCUGUGUGAUCGGAGGAGAUCGUAGUCUUCAAGAUAAAUACUUGAUGCGCCUGGUGAACGCCAUGGAGGAAGUGUUCAUGGAGAAACACAGCAUCCACCCGUCACUCGUGGCCGACGUUCACCAGUACGUGUACAGGCGCACGGGCGUGAUAGGCAUCCAACCUGAGGAGGUGACGGAGGCGGCGAAAAGGUCCGUGAUGGAGAACCGUCUGCAUCGAUGUUUGAUCUGCGGUGCCUUGUCCGAACUCCACGUCCCCCCGGAGUGGCUUCUUCCAGGCGGGAAACUUUACAAUCUCGCCAAAUCCACUCACGGUCAACUUCGUCCCGAUAAGAAUUACAGCUUCCCGCUCAACAACGUGGUUUGCUCCUACGACCCCCAGAAAGACGUGCUCAUCCCCGAUUAUAAAAUGAGUUCCUUGAAUACGUGCAAUUGGUGUCACGGUACGUCGGUGCGCCACAUCCACGGCGACGGGGCGGUGGUUUAUCUGGACGGGGAUCGAACCAACACUCGAUCCGACGGAGGGAAAUGCGGAUGCGGAUUCAAACACUUCUGGGAGUCCAAAGAGUACGAUAAUCUCCCCGAGGCUUUCCCCAUCACGCUGGAGUGGGGCGGUCGUGUGGUCAGAGAGACGGUUUACUGGUUCCAGUACGAGGUCGAGGCGACGCUGAACAGCAACGUGUACGACGUGGCCAUGAAACUCGUCACCAAACACUUCCCGGGGGAGUUUGGCAGCGAGACAUUGGUGCAGAAGGUGGUCAACACCAUCCUGCAUCACACCGCCAAGAAGAACCCGGACGAGUACAACCCGGUGUCCAUCGACGGGGCUCACGACCAGCGCCUCACCGACGCUAUGGACCAACAGCCGCCAACGAAGAUCAUCCUGACCGGCCAGAAAUCGAAGACGCUGCACAAGGAGGAGCUGACGAUGAGCCGGGCGGAGCGCAGCCUCCAGCAGAGCAUCAGCGAUCAGGCCUUCGUCACGCAGCGGCGCCGGACAGACAAACUGAAGCAGGAGCAGAAGGGGAACCGUCGUUCGUCAUCACCUACUGGAUCUCCAGAAACAUCCUCCUCUUCUUCAGCGCCCGCCACACCCACCAAAACAUCCUCCUCCCCCUCCUCCAAUGAGAAGAAGAUCCGCGUGACGACGAGCGACGGCCGGCAGGCGAUGUUGACGCUCCACGCCGUUACCACCUUCUCCGAGCUGCAGAGGAGGAUCUCCACGCAGUUCAACGUCCCUCCGUCUCAGCAGCAGUGCAUCAGAUACGGUUUCCCUCCAAAGGAGCUCCUCCGCCCGCGGGACGGAGAGGAGAACGAGCCCGUGGCGCUGCAGCACGGAGACAGAGUCACGGUGGAGAUCCUGAAGGUGUUGGAGGAGGAGCAAGGACCCCCCGCGGUGACUCCCUCCAGCUCUCACUCUGUGCUGCCCUCUGAGAAGAGGAGCGAGGAGACAUCGAGCGGCCGGGAGCUGCAGGAGAGCAUCGACCUGGAGAUGUCCUCCCUCUGCCUCCUCGCCACCUUAAUGGGUGAGGACGUCUGGUCGUACGCUAAGAAGCUGCCGCACUUAUUCCAGCAGGGCGGCGUCUUCUACAACAUCGUGAAGAAGGACAUGGGCCUGCUGGACGGGAAGCACUGCUCGCUGCCUCACCUGACGGGGAAGACCUUCGUGUUCAACGCGGCGGCGGAGCGUCUGGAUCUCUGCGUGGACGCGGCCGGGCACUUCCCCGUCAGCCCGGAGGUGGAGGAGCAGGUGAAGGAGGCGCUGCUGCAGCUGCAGGUGCGCUCCGAGGCCUCCGGGGGCAGCAGAGAGAGCAGGGAGAGUAGCGAGGCGUCCGGCGUGCUGAGGCUCGGAGGAGGAGGCGUGGUGCGGAAAAAAGAGACGUUUCAGAGCCUCAACGCUUUCCAGGGGAGGGGCCACUCUCUAGGAAGCUCCUCCCCUCCGGAGCACCGUCCAAUCACGCGGCAGCACAGCAGUGGCGUGGACCUGAGCUCCAGCGUGACACGAGGAGCUCCAGAUUUGUCUCAGAUCCCAGAGUUGGUGCGCAUGGCGCCGGGCUUCGUGAGGAUGAAGGAGGGCGGGCGUCCCGACCCGGGUCUGAUGGAGCAGCAGCGCCGCCAGCUGCAGGACAUGGUGUCCAGCAUCCAGGCCUCCAUGGAGCGGCACCUGAGGGACGGGAACACCACCAACACCGUCAGGAGCCAACAACCGACGUCUGCAGAAAAACCAACGUCUGGGGAUCAACAAACGUCUGUAAAACAACAACAACAAACGUCUGUAAAACAACAACAAACAUCUGUGGAAAAACCUCCGGACGGGAAACCGGACCCCAAGGAGGAACCGGAGCAGAUGGAGAGCCAGGAGGCGGGGCCUGAUGGUGCCAUCGAGCCAAUGGAUCACUCCUGAUCACUUCCUGAUCACUUCCUGAUCACUCAAUCAUUCACUCCUUCCCCGCCUCUCGCUCGGGUCGACUGCUUCUUCGUGUUUCCGUCGUCUUCGCUGCGUCAUCCUCACUCUGCUGCGACACUAACGGUGUGUGUGUGUGUGUGUGUGUGUGUGUGUGUGUGUGUGUGUGUGUGUGUGUGUGUGUGUGUGUGUGUGU